AAGAAAGGUGAAGCUAAACAAAAGGGUAGCAUGUAGAUAGCAUUUGCUAAAUUAUUGGUGAAAUAUAAGAAAGAACAAAAAUUUUGCAAGUAUUUUUAUGAAGUGAAUAAGUGACUUUGAUUCUUAUUAUAAAUGUGUAUCGUAAGUGUCAAUAAAUUGAAGCACAAUGCAUCCUGUAAUGGUGGCCAUUAGGAGUAAUAAUUAUGUAUAUUGGCAUACUUACUGUUUUACGAACCAUCAAUGAUACUUCUAAAGUUGAACUAUAGUGUGCGUUUAUAUAAAAUUUACACAAAACACUAUGUAAACGUUUCAGUGUUUAUAUUAUGUGAGUGAAAGAUUAUAACCCAGUGUAAAUAAUUUAUCAAUACCAUGGCCCAAAAUCAAGGGGACAUUCAAGUGACACCGACUCAACCUGUAAAAGAUAAAGAUAUUUACGCUUGUCUUCCUGAUAUACGUACAAACGGUCCUCUCGGUUCUGACGAACCGUGUUCUGGUGGUGAAGAAUUGCGAUGGUUGCCAGCUCAGGCUACGGACAGAGAUCUGGUUAUGUACUUGAGGGCCGCACGCUCUAUGGCAGCGUUUGCAGGUAUGUGUGACGGAGGAUCACCUGAUGAUGGCUGUGUAGCAGCGAGUCGUGAUGAUACUACUAUUAAUGCUUUAGACGUCCUACAUGAUUCAGGUUAUGAUCCUGGUAGGGCACUGCAAGCACUUGUUAAAUGUCCCGUCCCAAAAGGAAUUGAAAAAAAAUGGACAGAGGAGGAAACUAAACGAUUUGUUAAGGGUAUUCGUCAAUUUGGUAAGAACUUCUUUAAGAUUAAAAAGGAUUUACUUCCUCAUAAGGAUACAGCUGAGUUAGUUGAAUUUUAUUAUUUGUGGAAAAAGACUCCAGGUGCUAGCAGCAACAGACCUCAUAGAAGACGUCGUCAAGCAUCAUUGAGACGUGUUCGAAAUACACGAAAUUCCCGUGCGGGUACACCUAAAGAACAAACACCUGAAGCUACACCCACUGUGCCAGAUACAAAUGGUUCUCGACCAUCACCUAUUCCUAAAGAGGCAGGGGAAAUGAGUUCAGUUACAGAAGAUGAAAAUUCUGAAGAUGAUAGUGACUCUAGAGAAGCAGGUGACCUUGCCAAAGUUGACAAUGGUAGAGUUGAUAAUCCAGAAGAUUCACCAAGCAGAAUGAGAACUAGAAAUAAAUCAAAAGAACAAACUACUCCAAAUGGCAAAAAGGUUCAAGAUGAAAGUGAUAAUGACUCAAAAUCUAAAAAACCUACUAACAAACAAACUACACAGAGUACAAAUAAUAAUAUUCAAGAAAAGGUAUUGUCCUCACCUCUUAGCAAGGAAAAUAAGAAGAAAGUAGCAAAUGGUAAAGUUGAUGUGUCAAAAGUUAAAAAACGACUACCAGAUGAUACAAAACCUGAAGGAAUUAUGGAUGGUGAUGUACAAAUGAAGAAGAAGAAAGCCGCAGAACCACCAGAAAGUCCAUCAGAGAGCCUAACUAAUGAUAGUUUUCCAGCGAUGGAUGAAACAGAAAGUGCUGAACAAGAAGUAGAAGCAUGUGACUUUAGUUUUAAUAAAACUGACAAAGAAAAUACUGACCAAAAUAAAGAAACUGAACCAGACCUGGCUCAGAAGCCUAUGGAAACACAAAUUAAAUCUGAAAUUAAUUCUGAAUCUACUAUUAAAUUAGAAAAAGAUCUUUUACCUCCAAUUUAUAAAGCAGUGCCCGAAAAAGAUGAUAGAACUGCGCUAGAUUUAAAAACUGAUUCCAAUAAAAAUCUAGAAAAUAUGGAACAAAGAACUCAUUCUCUAUUUCCUAAAACAGAACUUAUUAUACCUAAGGUAACACCAAUGUCUACAGAAGUUAUGGAAAAAAUUAAAAUAAAAGAAGAAAUUGAUAUGGAAGAACAAACACUUAAUUUGCAAAAGGAAGAAUUUCAAAAAGAUCCACUAGCACACAAUUUUUCAGGACAUGCAUUAAGUCAAUCUAGCAAACCAUUAAACUUAGAAAAUACAAACUAUUUUCUCAAAGACAAUCAUAUGUAUAAUCCAAAACUUAACCACAAUAUUAAAAUUGAAGGGGUUUCAAGUAAUAUAUUCAAUCCAGCCUUAUCCAAAGAUAAUUCAAUAAUAAGAAAUACAAAAGAUUUUGCCAGUGGAAUGCCACCAUUUUCAUAUCCAUCCAGUAUCAAUUUUAACAGUGAUCCUAAUAAACACAAUCCUCUUAUGAACCCAUUAAAAACUGUUAUCAAGUUAGAACCCAGAGAUGAAACUAAUGAUAUGAAAAAUCAAAAUACUCCUGAAAUAUUUACUGCUACAAUAUCAACUGCGAACAAAGUAGAUUCACCUAGUACACCGCGCUUAGAGUCUAUGCAAAGGAUUAGUCCUUCACCAACAAAUACGCGCGCCUCUUCACCACCACAUAUGGAACAUCCAGUUACUACAAACACUGAACCUAUUUCACCUGCUAAUGCACAAGAAAUGAAAUCUCAAGAAUCGGAUGCUGAAGAUAAACAACCUACUGAUUUAAAAACACAGCCAAUGUCGAAACAUGAUGGUCAAAAUACUAAUUUAAGACAACCAUUAUUUCAACCACCAAGACCAGAAAAUCUUGGUGUUAGAUCAACUGAGGCUCCUAAUACACCAGUAUCUGGUCAAAAUAUGCCACCUCCUCUUAGCCAACCAUCCAUGACAGGACUUUUACCUCCAGGCCCUCUUAUAUCUGUUGGGAGUGGAUCUAAUGUUGGGCCGUAUGGGUUUAUGCCAGCAUCUUUAUAUGGUCAUCCAGGACAUCCAGGCUUAGAAAAGCCAACUGCUUUACCACCUUUAAUGCAACAAGUUCCUUCAUCCCAUAGUCAUUCUGCUUCAAAUUUGAUUUCUCAACAAACAAACCAAAAUGAUUCUAUGCCACAAGAUCUUAAAAUUAAACAGGAAGUUCAAGAUAAUAUGCCUGCUAAUUUAUCCACACAAAAUGUGUCGGAUCCCUUGCAGUCACUUAAAGAAGUAAAAGUGCCUGGUUAUCCUAUUGGAAGUGCGAUUGCACAGCAUUUAAGUUCUGAGAGGGACAGAGAAUCAAGCGUCGAAAAUAAUAGUCGACCUCCAAGCCAACCACCUAACAAUGAUAGUUCAAAUAUGCCAAGUGCUUUUCUUGGACCGAGGAUAGAAAGUAUUAAGAAAGAACCAGAUUUCUUACAUCAACCACAUAUAACACCUGUAUCAACGAGUCAAGGUAGCGGAUCAGACACAGGAAGUACUGCCCCGCCCGUGAAGAGUCCUCAUACACCUACACCUAUCAAAAGUCAGCCAGGUCAUAAUGGAACGCCGGGCCAUCCACGUCCUUCGGCUACGACAUCACCCUUUUCAAGACAUAUGACGAGCCCCUCUCAGCCAAGACAGAUUUCAGCUUCACCUGUUCAACCACAUACUCCUGUCUCACAUUCGGCUCUGAAUUUAAUGAACCCAACACCACUUACAAUACCAGCAACGAUGUCUGGUCCUAUAAUUCAUUCUCAGCAGCAUGGACCGCCUCAUCCGUUUGCUUCACCGCUUCAUCAUCCACAUCACCAUUUACUUCAUCCAUCUUCCAUUUUCCAACUGUCUGCUGCGGCAGCGGCACACGCUAUGCAUCCCUACUAUUCACACCCGCAUCCCGGUUACUCUAUGCCUUACCCUUAUCCUUAUGGUCCCAUACCACAGCAUCACCCAAUACCGCAAAUGCAUCCAGCUUCAAGUACACCAGGAAGACAUGAACCAGUAAAACCAGCAACUAUAGAAUCAACUACUAUGCUAAGUGCUCAUCAUAGCACUAGUUCAUCAGUAACGACAAGAUCACUUAGAGAAAUUUCUGAAAGUUCUGAUGAUCCAAGAAAUCCAAAUGCAACAGAAAGACACCAGUUGCACGAAACGACUAUGACUCAUCAUCAUUCAACGAGUCAUCAUAGUGCAGUCCACACUAGUACAGAAAAACAACCCAGCCACGUAGGAGGAGGCACCAACCAUACCCUUUCUAUAUCGCAUUCUACAUCGAGUAGUUCAUCACAAUCGAUUCAGCAUAAAAUAAAUACACAGCAAAAGUCCAGUUCACAUUCAAGUUCUCCUCUUCAUUUAUCGGCCAGUGUGUCGCAAACAACUAGUAGUUCUUCAAGUGUCAAUGUUAAUAACCAUACGCAUCAUCAUUCGCAUCAUCUUGCUCACCAUCCAGAACGGCUAUCUCCUGCGGAUUCAAUGCUUCUGAGACAUCACCCUAAAAUGUUACCAGGAAACCCAAAUCAUCUUAUGAUUCAACCUCCUUCUAUGGGUCAUCCAGGAUUAAGUCUAGGCUUACAACCUGGCCCUGGGCCAAGUUCCAUUGAAAGUUUACGACUUCACGCUCAAGCUGCAGCUGGGUUACAAUCUUCGCAUAACAGAUCGGGUUCGCCUCAUCAAUUACCGCAUGGUCAUCCACACUUACGUGGUCCACAGCGACAAAUACAAGACGAUAAUCCCGAACUAAAACUCGAAACACAGUCGCAACCUGAAGAAGAGGAAAUACCCAGUCCUGCACAUAUACCUCAUGGCCCUAGUCCUGAACCUAAAAUAGAAGAUACCGAAUGUCAUAGAUCACAAUCUGCAAUAUUUUUAAGACAUUGGAAUCGCGGAGAUUACAAUUCAUGCACACGUACUGAUCUUAUAUUUAAACCAGUUCCGGAGUCUAAACUUGCUCGCAAAAGAGAAGAACGAUUGAGAAAGCAAGCGGAAAGGGAUAGAGAGGAAAGAGAGAAAAUAGCUCAGCAAGCUCACAGAAAAAUAGCUACUCCUGAAAAGCCCGAGACAAAACCGCCUUCGAGAGGUGCUAUUGAAACGAUAACAUCUCCGUAUGACAGAUUUCCUCGUCCUCCUGGAUAUCCCGACACGCCAGCUUUACGCCAAUUAUCAGAGUAUGCCCGGCCACAUGCAGGUUUUAGUCCAGGCAAUAUUCCUCGACAUUGCAUGGAUCCAAUGUUACAGUAUCAAUUAAGUUCUAUGUAUGGCGCCGCUGGCGCAAGAGAGCGACUAGAACUAGAACACCUUGAAAGAGAAAAAAGAGACAGGGAAAUAAGAGAGUUAAGAGAACGCGAAUUAAACGAUCGAUUAAAAGAAGAACUACUUAAAAAUAAUGUCGGGCCGCGUGCUCUAGAUCCUCACUGGCUUGAAAUGCAUAGAAGGUAUGGAAUGCCACCACCGCCACCACAGGGAGCAAUUCCUGUACAGUUUGGAUUAUAUCCACCAGGACACGGCCCCGCAGCACUUUCACAAUUAGAAAGAGAACGACUUGAACGGCUUGGAAUUCCACCUGCGGGAGCAGGAGGCCCACCUCAAUCAGUUCCAGUAUCGGGUGCAUCACAUCAUCCACAUCACCCACACCCAGGCGUAGCAGCUGCACAGUUAGAGGCAGCUGAAAGACUAGCGUUAGCCGCAGAUCCGAUGGUACGGUUGCAGAUGGCAGGAAUUAAUCCGGAAUAUCAUGCACACACUCAUGCUCACACUCAUGCGCAUUCACAUACACAUUUACACCUACAUCCUGGACAGCAAGCCGCUCAGGCCCAACAGGACGCACUAGGAUUAAGCCUAGGUGCAGGCACGCCUUAUAGGCCACUGCCACAUCCAGAUCUGCUAGGCAGGCCAUACGCUGAGCAGCUGGCCCAGCAAGCUGCUGCUCAUGAGCAAUUACAACGACAAUUGUUGCUAGAACGUGAGCGGGGUUUCUUGCAUCCGGCUCACCAUGAAGAUUUUCUCCGGCAGCAGCGCGAGCGUGAGCUUAAAGUGAGGGCGCUCGAAGAGGCGGCACGCGCCUCGAGACCGUAGUGUCCCGCACGCCUCCCGCCCGACGACGCUGUUGUGGUAAUCGAGUGAAGUGAGGCUCCUCCGGUCGUGAGGCCUUUGUAACAAUACUUCAAAGUGUUCAUGCGCUAGUGUUACGCAAGUUAGAACCGAAUGGUUUUUAUUUUAACGUGUGACGAUACCUGUAAUUUAUAUUUACAACUUAAGUAUUUAAGUUUUUAUAAUAUUUUUAUAGUCGCAUGGUCGUAUAGUACGCUUGUUUCCAUGCUCAAAUUUAUUUCAUAACGACUAGUCAUAAUUAAAUUUUAUUUGUAGAGAACGAGAUGAGUCACACAUUUUUACAUAGAGUGCUGUUAGUCUAAAUUAUUGUUUUAUAUUUUAAUAAUUAUACAGUUUAAGGUGCUGGUUAUCAUUCAUUAAUAUACGAAUGGACCACUGGGCUACAUUAAUUAAUGUAGAGAGUAAACUUUAUUUUUAUGUUUAUGACAUAAUAAUAGUUAAUCAUUAUAUUGUUAAUGAACUUGAGACAAAAGUAGGGUCUGUGACUUGCCUUCUAAUCGACUUGCCUUUUCGUGUACUUGAAAAUAGAGUAUGUGUCUUUCUAUCUAUAUUGUCAAAAAGUAUACUUAUUUGUAAUAGAACCCGUUUGAGUACUUUAUUUUUUUUUAAUUUUCUAAUACGCAAUAACUAUAACGCUAACAACAACAUAUCAAUUUAAAGUCUUAAACGAGUUGUAUUUCCUAACGUUCUUCUUUAUAUUGACAGAUUGCAAUUACUUUUAUUUAAAGCAGUCUAAUUUUGAUAGAUUGGAAAGGUGUAAAUGUCGACCUUGCAAAUUGUGAGCUCAUUCGACCAUUAAUGAUAGUAAUAUAUUUUUUUAAUUCGUAUAGAGCUCCAUUAUUGAAAUUAACUGUGUUAUGACUGCUAAUUAUGUAUGUUAUGUAUUCAAUGAAUAUUAAUAACCUAUUAAGAUAUUUAAUUGAUUCUUACAUUUUUGUGUAAAUGUAAUAUAAAAGAAUCAAUUCAAGUUACAGUCAUUUAUAUCAUAACUGAGGGAAUGUUUUAGGUAAAACAAUCUGUUUUUCAAGUACAAAUCAUUGAAAAGCUACUUGAAAUAUUGUACAAUAAAAUAACGAUGUCUUAAUAUUGUUAACAGUCAUAACACAAAGCUGUUUAGUUUACGACGCAUUAGUUUUACUGCAAAUUUAUUGCCGACAAUAAAAUAUUAUUAAGUACAAAGUAUUUUAAAUAUACCAGCGCAAUAUUUCACAAUUUUCUUGUGAACUAUAAAUGUCGGCAAUAUUUGUGCAGUUUAUUUAAUAAUUUACAAUUUGACUUAAUGAUAAAAAAUUAACUACUUAUACCUACUUAAAUACUCUUGCAAUGUGUAAAAAACUUAACCGUGAAAGGAUAACAUAAAAAAUGGUUUUAAACCAAUAAUUAUUUGUUUAUCUAAAUUAAAAAAUGUCGCAAAAAAAAUAGAAGUGUGAUUUAAUACUUGUAAAUUAUAUUAGUAUUUUUCAACCACUGUACACAUUAAUAUUCUUUAUUGCACUAUGUAAAAUAAAACCCUUUGUAAUAAAUAGAUUCUCUAGCGAUGAAAUAAAAUUAAAUUUAUAGAUUAUUCUAGAUUAAAUAAAUUUCAAAAUGUCGCUUGGUAGGUAUUAUGUUUAUAAUGCCAUAGUUACUUUCCGAUUUUAAAAAGAGAAUGAGUAUUAUUUUUAGAAAAAAAUAUAUCUUUUAAUUAAGUGGUUGAGUGUCGGAUUAAAUUUUCAUUUAUUUAGACAAUAAGGUUAAAUGGAUGUCUUAGUGCUUUUGUGUAAAUUUUUUUGAAUAAUAUAUGUGAAAAAAAUC